CUGGUAGCUCCUGCUGUUCUCAACUCUUCUUAAGCAAAAUACAAUUGUUUACGAAAAAUAGUUGUCCUUUCCUUAACAAUGAAUUCUUUAUGUCGCGUUGCAAGAGGAUUUCGUCCUAUGAGUUUUGCCAAGUCUGGGUUACUAAAUAGAACGUUCAUGAGUUCUUCUGUCUUGAAGGAAGUUCAACAUGUGAAAUCAAUGCAGGAUUAUACUCGACUUGUCAACGAUGACAAAGUCAGUGUUGUGGAUUUUUAUGCCGAUUGGUGUGGACCUUGUAAAUUCCUUAGCCCUUUAUUGGAGAAGUUGAGCAACAGUCAUUCGAAAUCCUCUUUUAUUGCUGUUGAUGCUGACAAAUUCUCUGAGCUUGCCCAGAAAAAUGAGGUAUAUGCACUUCCUACGGUUGUCUUAUUUAAAAAAGGUCAAGAAUUAGACAGAAUUGUAGGAGCUGAUAUUCGGGCAAUUAACGGUCUCCUUGCAAAAUACGAAACCUCAUGAUUCCUUGCUCAAUGACGAACAAUUUUUUUUUUUAUUACUUUUGUUUGCUGGUAAGCCUGGAGUUCUUUACUGAAAUGAAGAUGUUUUUGGAGAUUUUAUGUUACGUUGAAUCUAUUUCUCCUUUAUAAAUUAAAAUUUG